AAAUUUGACGGCAACAUCUUCGAUAAGCUGCUGCAGCGCAUGGAGCAAUACGCCAACAACUUGGAGGCGUUGGUCGACGAACGAACUAAAGCCUUUCUCGAGGAGAAGAAGCGAUCGGAGGAGCUUCUGUAUCAAGUGUUGCCCGUAUCCGUCGCCGAGCAACUGAAGAUAGGAAAGCCGGUGGCGCCAGAAACCUAUGAUAGUGUGACGAUCUAUUUCUCCGAUAUUGUCGGGUUCACGUCACUAAGCGCCGGGAGCACACCGAUGCAGGUGAUUGACUUGCUCAACGACCUUUACACCCUAUUCGAUGCAAUACUCGUGAAAUAUGACGUCUAUAAGGUGGAGACCAUCGGUGAUGCGUACAUGGUGGUGAGCGGCUUGCCCAUACGUAACGGCAACAAUCACGCUCGCGAGAUAUGCAGCAUGGCGCUUCAUAUUUCGCCUCUAAAGAUUCACAUCAGCUCAGAGACCAAAGAAAUCCUAGAUACGUUUGGUUGCUUUCAAAUAAGCGAGAGGGGAUUGGUGGAUAUGAAAGGUAAAGGCCAACUCGUCACCUUCUGGCUCUUGGAGGAGGUUUUCCAAUCAGACACGCAGGAGAAUCCAGGCACAGAAAUUUGAGCACGCCAUUCGAUUUUAUCAGAGUAUGGUGGCGGGGAUCGAAAACUCGUUAGUAAAC